CUGACUAAUAAAUGGCUUUAGAAGUGAGUGUUUACCUAUAAACAAAGAUAUUAUACCUUAAAAGAGGGAUAAUAUUAAUUUGAACAGUGUUAAACGAAGAUUAAAACUGGUUUGGAUUUAGUGGUUAAGAACGCACGAUCUCACGACGCCGAAUCCACAGACUUCUUACAAUUACUUGCGUGAUGGGUUGCACCUCCUCACAGCCCCCACCCCGGGAACCGACCCCACUACCACCACCUCCUCGACAGAGAACACCCCUCCCUCGGGACCGCGCACAGAUCGAGAUAGACAGGGGCAAAGAUGAGGACCACAUCCGUUGGACGGAAGACGGCUACCCCGAUCCCUUACCUCCCUCCGAUGACCCGGAUGUGAAGAUCAAAGAUGCCGACCGUUGGUAUGAUGACGAUGAGUUCAACAAGGCUAGCGAAGACGUUGACUUGUUUGAUACGGAAGUAGCGGUCGAUGACGUCUCUAUGACGUCAGUAGACGAUGGAAGUGCAGUACCCGGGUCCAAGACGGCUCUCUCUCUCAGCCAUAUAAAACCUUCCACCAAAGCGAAACCGACCUUGAGAUUUGACCGUGUUGAUGCGCAUGCAAGAAAGGCGGAUCCAACACUUCUAGACUCUUUCGACACCUUGGUAUCCUACUUAACGACUCCUUGGGAAGGCGAUCGGCACCGCCAAAUCAGAGUCGCUAGGGCGCUUGUUGUGUGGUUGAGUAUACAGACGCUUGAUGAAGGCGCGAGCGUCGAGGAGCCCAGUUUGGACACCCCGCGAGGGCUACUGAAGUUCCUAAAAUUGAAACGAAUGACAUAUCCCACGUGCUACGCAAUUCUAUGCAGAAAGGCCGGACUGAAAUGCGUCGUAAUAGACGGCUUGGUAAAAGCGGCGCCGUAUGAACCCGGUGACGACUCAGUGUCAUCAACCAAUUGGAAUGCCGUAUUUUGCGAGUACGGCUGGCAAUUGGUUCAUCCGUACUGGGUAUGUCGGGCAUUAUGUGGCCAUCAGCUGGCAGGCUGGACCAAGUCGGUGACGGACCGUACAGAGGGCGGGUCAGUCGGUGUGAUACGGAACGCGUUUCAAAACCGUUACUUCAUGCCGAAACCGGCUGAAUUCCUAUAUGAAUGCUUCCCAAACAAGAAGGCAUGGCAACUCGUGGAACCGGAUAUGCAAGUACCCAAUCGAAAAGCAUUCUUAGAGAUGCCCUACCUACUACCGCCCUUUCACGGAUUGGGACUUCAGCUUGUAUCGGACCGAAAGUGCCAUUUGGAAAGCACUGACGGGUUCUGCAAAAUCGAACUCAAGGGACGUAAUACUAAUUCACAUCUUCUGAAUUUGCAAUACGAGUUAUUCAAGAAAGGGGAUGAAGACAAUCAAGAUAAAUCGGUGUUCCCAAGAAUGGUGUUCAACUACAGAGCGAAUGAAUAUUUUGUGUUUGAAAUACGAUUCCCCACUGAAGGGACGUAUAAACUAGUUAUUUACGGCGGGCCGUAUAAAUACACCGCAUUACGACUGUGUGAAUUCCGCAUAGAUUGUAAGAAAACCAUGCCAUCUAGUCUCGGACUGCUGCCCCUGUGUUGUGACGAUAUUGGGUACGGGCCUGGACCAGUGUGCAUGGCCGCCGGGCUUCUGAUGCCAUCCAAGCCCAAUGGACUUCUACCCGUAAAUAAAGGGGAUAAAAAGUUGACAACAGAAAUCAAGUUCCAGAUAAGGGAUGAUUAUGUCCGAAAACACGAGUACUCUGUUGCUCUUUACGGCGGAGAUGAUAAUGGGAGUCAGGCGGCGUGUAUUGACGUCAGCGACGGUGUACGUGACGUCAAUGAUGUCCGCGAGGCAAAGUUACUUAAGCUAACAAUCACCAAAGAGUUUCAGCUCGCAAUAACCGUGCAGCUUCCCAGCGAAGGAGAAUUUGGCUUGACUGUGUGUGAGAGGAUUGGUCGUGGAAAUGAGGUCAAAGUAAAGGUCAUUUGUAACUAUCUCCUUUCUACGCAUGCACAUCACGGAGGAUUUAUGAAGGCUAAUGUUCGAAACGCCAAGGCAGAAUUAGCUCGCGCAUGCACAGAGCCAGCGGGUGGAGAGGCAUUGAAGCGGAAAGUUCAGAAUAUUUCUACGGGUCUAGAUAAAUGUCGAAAACAGGGCGUCAGAGACUCGGAUCAAGACGUCUGCGUUGCGGAGACGGAAAUGGAGUUCCUUAAGUGCAAGGAUUUACUGCGUGACUGUCAUCUGCGCGAUAACUAUCACGUGACUCUGCGCGCACUUGCAAUAAUGGAGCGUUAUCGAAAUCGAGGCGCGUUGCUAAGAGAACACAAGUCUGUGGAACAUCUUCGCAAGAAACAGGAAACGGAGAGAGGCGACUGAACAGGAAAUAGUUAACUGCUUAACAUUGCCUCUCGGGUAGAGCCAAAUAUGGACUCUCCAUA